AUGCUCAUCCGGGUCCCCGGGCCCGAGUGCCGCAAGCAGACGCGGGUGAGCCCACACCACCAGCCCUUUCGUCACCGGCCCUCAUUCCCGUGGCCACUCACUUGGCUCUGUAGAACCUGGAAGGCAGCAGAGGACUCCCCAGGCCAACACGGCCUGCCGCUCACCCCCACCACCCGACUUGGGGCGUCUCCUGCUUCCUGGGUGCAUUAUCUGGUGCCAAUACCAGCAUUUAAACCCACCCCAAGCACAUCCUCCGAACAAAAUGGAGGAGAAUUUGACCUGCUCUGUUUCCAUGGAGACAUCUGUGAUGCCACAUUGCUCCUGCAUCCCAGGAGAAGGGGGCCGUCGAAGCCGGUCCACUCUGGCCCGGCCCGGACCUCGGGUCCCGGCUCCAGGUCCCGGCGGGGCCGCAGCGCGGUCCUGGGGAGCAUGGGCCUGCACGGAGCGCUCAGCUGGCAAAAGGAGAAAGCCCCGUCUUUCCGAACUUCCUUCCCGAUGCUGCCCAGCAAGGGCAGCGUCUCCGAGAGGCACAGUCUCUCCCUGCACCCCAUCGCUAAGGGCAUGCGCGUUCUCCAGAGCGUGGCCACGCGGGACUCCCACGACCCGGAAGGGAAGCAGUGGGGGGGCCUCCACAGGUCGGCUCAGGUCAUCAAGCGCUACUACUCCAAGAUGGACAUUCCCAGCCCCACCGGCUUCGUGUCCAAAAUGGAGGAACUGAGGAAAGUGUUCCUCAUGCGGCCUGGAUGCCCCCAGUUCAGUACCAAAGCCACUUCCAUGUCAUACUUGGGUAAGAGUCACGCCAGCGCCACCUGCCACCCGGAAGCCCUCAGCUCCGGCUGGGACUUCCACGGGGCCCUCGGCCCCCGCCCAGCCUUCCGGGGGGCUCCAGGAGCCGCUCUGCACACAGGCGCGCAGCGGGAGCUGCACCGUGUAGAGCAGGGGAAGGAGAUGGUUGGAGCUCCUAGAAGCUUCAGGAAAGAGGCCCUUAAGGCCUACAAUGGCCCACCCGGCCCCGGGCCACACCGUCCUGAUGAGAAGCGGCGUCCCUGGGGGCCGUCGGUGCCCGGCCUGAGGUCGAGGGGUUCUCCAUCGCGUUCUGUCCAUCGGACGCUGCCACUGCUCUACUCAGGCAGUUCACGGCGGCAGCAGGAGGUUGGAACUCGUGCUUUCGUUCAGGCCACUUCUGAAUACGUCCUUGGACUGUGGGCCGCACCCGCCUACCGACGCCUUCUGAGUCGUUUGGGCGACAGCUCGGACAGCAUGGUCACUCUGCCCAUGGUCGUGUGUGCCAGCUCCCCAGCCUGGAGGGGGGCUGAGGAGCCUCUCCCGGACACUCGGGGCUCCAACAUGAACGAGGAUGGGCCCCCCCUCAAGUUCAGCAGGAGCGCCUGCGAGCUCGGCUACCGGCAGAGGGAGGCCGAGGGCCCCAGCCUGAGCCGCAGCCUCAGCUUCAUCCCCACGGCCUUCCUGGUUACUCCGAAGCGGAGGCUGCCCUGGUACAUCUCCGUCAUCCAUGAGAAGGACCACUCUCUAUUCAUGAUGGGGAAAAAAAUCCAGCGCCUCGCUGAGCUGGAGGCCCAGGUGCAGAGGAAAGACCAGGAGAUCCAGGUGCUGCGGAGGGAGAGAGAGGUCCUCAAGAAGCAGCUCAAGUCCCUCCUCAGGAGCCGGAGCCAGGAGCUGCCCAUGGCCUUUCUCAACAGGGUGAGCCGGCGCCCGCGGGCAGAGUGGUCUGUGGGGCAGCUGGGCGUCCUGAAGAACAUCUACAAGGACGAGGAGGAGAUGCGGCACUGGAUCCAGAUGCAAGAGGCGUUUGCCACGAUGGAGCCGGCCCAGGAGCAGCAGCUGGAGCUGGGGAGCGUGGAGGAGGAGAAGGGCCUGGAGGAGCCGGCCCAAGCCUCAGCGAAGGGCAGCGCGGGCAGGGCGGGGGUCCCCGUCUACAAGGACGCGGAGGAGGAAGAGGAGGAGGAGGAGGACGGGGGUGGGUGGGAGCUUCGUGAGGAGGACGAGCACCCGGUCAGGAAGCUGUACUCGCUCACCGACUCCUUCGAGGAGGAGCUGCUGGCCCAGCUGGAGGAGUACGAGCGCAUGCUCCUGGACUUCCAGAAGGAGCUCGAGCUCACCAGGACCCGGCACUCCCUGGCCGUAGGAGCCAUCACAUCCCUACACCGACAGAUCGAUUUCCAGGAGUCUCAGCUGCGCAAGGUCAACAUGGAGAACGAGAUGCUGAAGCGGGAGCUCCGGGAGCGGAAGCAGCAGCUGCAGGCCAUGUCGGACAAGUUCUCCAACCUCCGGGAGGAUAAGAAGCACCUGGAGAUGAUGGGCCUUAUCGAGAGGGAGAACCUCAUCCUCCGCCAGAAAGUGGUGAACUUGGAGAGAGACAUGGUGGAGCGCAACCUGGCCAUCUCGCAGCUGGACAGCAGGGUGGCGGAGCUGCAGGCGCAGGUGGACCAGAGCCAGGACCACCUGCAGCGGAGAAAGCAGCUGCAGGAAGACCUGCAGCUGAGGAACGAGAUGACCCAGCAGGCGGAGCAGCAAGCCCGCGUGGCCCUGGAGAGCGCCCAGUCCCGGCUGGAGAGGCUUCGGAACAAGGUCAUCCAGGCCGCCUUCAGCGCCAGCGGGACCAAGGCCACCACCGAGAUCUCGGACAACUCCAUCCUGGAAACCCUGCAGAAAAUCAUCUCGGAAAGAAACGAGUUCUACAACCAGCUGAAGCAGAAGGGGGUCAAGGUGCCACCGCUGCAGCCGUCGGACAGCUCCCUGCCCACGAAGGUCAAGAAGGUUACUUCCAAGUAG